AGCUGUACAUGGAGAUCUUGCUGGGAAAAUCCGCUUGCUCCCCUCACGUCGUCCAGCCCAGGAGAACCACCGCCGUCACCCCGGAGCUUCCUCGGCCACCGCGCAGACCCCUCCGAGAGCCCGAGCCGCGGCCUUCGAGCUCCAAGGCUCAUUCAGGGCCCCAGAUCCUUGCCCCGAAAGGAGAGGAUCUGAGAAAAUGGAUGCACUGAGACCUCUCUGAAAACCCUCCGAGAGAGCCCGAGAGGAGCGAGGACACGUUACUCGCAGCUAAAAUCACAUUUAAGGACCAAAACAACAACCAAAAAUUUCAUUAAAACAAUAAGCGCCCAAGAACCCAGAUCGGGCUGGUGGGGGGAGGGGAAGAGGCGGGAAGGGGAGGGUCGCACGGAGGUAGCUUUGCAGUGAACAGUCGACCCCGCCGCCCCCCGGCACAGCUGGACCGGCUCCUCCAGCCGCGGCUCAGACUCGCCCCUGGAUUCCGGGUUAGCUUCGGUGCCAGGACCGCGGCCCGGGCUUGGAUUCCCGAGACUCCGCGCAGCCGCCUCGCGGGAUCCCCGGCACCUUUGUAUGAGCACGAGAGGAUUCUGCCUCCGCGCAGCAGCCCGGGAAGCAGGAGCCGAAGCGCGGGCCGUGGAGCAAGGCGGGAACCGGCGGCGGCGGCGGCGGCGGCCAGGGGCGCACGGUGCCAGGACCAGCUCGCCGCGCCCCAUGGGGAGCCGGCGGCCGCAGCGCUGCUGAGGCGGGCCCGGCUGGCCAGGCGGGGGGACGGGGCCCGGGCUGCAGCAGCCCCCUCUGCGGCUGCCGGGCGGGCCCGGGCGCCCGGGGGCUGGGGGGUGGGGGGUGGGGGAGGACGCCGAGCGCUGAGGCAGGGGCCCGGGCCGAGGGCGCGGCGGGGCUGCGCGCACGCUGGGGCGCGUGGAGGGGCACGGAGGGCGAAAUGAGUCUGGUAGGCGGUUUUCCCCACCACCCGGUGGUGCACCACGAGGGCUACCCGUUUGCCGCCGCCGCCGCCGCAGCUGCCGCCGCCGCCGCCAGCCGCUGCAGCCAUGAGGAGAACCCCUACUUCCAUGGCUGGCUCAUCGGCCAUCCCGAGAUGUCGCCCCCCGACUACAGCAUGGCCCUGUCCUACAGCCCCGAGUAUGCCAGCGGCGCCGCCGGCCUGGACCACUCCCAUUACGGGGGGGUGCCGCCGGGCGCCGGGCCCCCGGGCCUGGGGGGGCCGCGCCCGGUGAAGCGCCGAGGCACCGCCAACCGCAAGGAGCGGCGCAGGACUCAGAGCAUCAACAGCGCCUUCGCCGAACUGCGCGAGUGCAUCCCCAACGUACCCGCCGACACCAAACUCUCCAAAAUCAAGACCCUACGCCUGGCCACCAGCUACAUCGCCUACCUCAUGGACCUGCUGGCCAAGGACGACCAGAAUGGCGAGGCGGAGGCCUUCAAGGCAGAGAUCAAGAAGACCGACGUGAAAGAGGAGAAGAGGAAGAAGGAGCUGAACGAAAUCUUGAAAAGCACAGUGAGCAGCAACGACAAGAAAACCAAAGGCCGAACGGGCUGGCCGCAGCACGUCUGGGCCCUGGAGCUCAAGCAGUGAGGAGGAGGAGAAGGAGGAGGAGGAGAGCGCGAGUGAGCCGGGGCCAAGGCACCAGAUGCAGACCCAGGACUCCGGAAAAGCCGUCCGCGCUCCGCUCUGAGGACUCCUUGCAUUUGGAAUCAUCCGGUUUAUUUAUGUGCAAUUUCCUUCCCCUCUCUUUGACCCCCUUUGAGGCAUCCGCUCCCCAUCUCCCCCUCCAAAAAAAAAAGUGGAUAUUUGAAGAAAAGCAUUCCAUAUUUUAAUAUGAAGAGGACACUCCCGUGUGGUAAGGGAUCCCGUCGUCUCGUAGAUUCUGUGUGCGUGAAUGUUCCCUCUUGGCUGUGUAGACACCAGCGUUGCCCCCCGCCAACCUACCCAACCCCUUCCAGAUAAAGACAGUGGGCACUAGUGCGUUUGUGAAGUGUAUCUUUAAUACUUGGCCUUUGGAUAUAAAUAUUCCUGGGUAUUAUAAAGUUUUAUUUCAAAGCAGAAAACAGGGCCGCUAACAUUUCCGUUGGGGUCGGUAUCUAGUGCUGUCCGUUCAUCUGUGGUCGUUCCCUCUUUGAAGAUGUUUCCAACAGCCACUUGUUUUGUGCACUUCCGUCCUCUAAAACUAAAUGGAAUUUAAUUAAUAUUGAAGGUGUAAACGUUGUAAGUAUUCAAUAAACCACUGUGUUUUUUUUUUUUUACAAAAAACCCUAAUCUUUUAAUGGUUGAUACCUCAAAAGAGUUUUGAAAACAAAGCUGUUAUACUUGUUUUCAUAAUAUUUAAAAUAUCCAGAAGUAAACUAAAUUAUCAUGAUUGCCUCUAACUUUAUUUUAAAGACUCAGUGGUUCCAACCAGUCAACCUGACCUGCGGUCUACGCAGGAGGAGGAGGUGCUCUUAAAGAGAAGUGUCCUUGUUACAAAUCCUGCAAAUGAUCUGGGCUUUGUCGGUGUGGUGUCUCCUUCCCUCUUCCCCCAGCUGGAGAACGCUGAGUAGUCUCUAGAAGGAAGAUCUGGGCUGCAGAACCCAGUCCGGCAGUUCGCUCAGAAGGUGUAAAGGUGCUCUUGCUUUCCUGAAAUCAAUCAGAGGCCGUUUCGUGAGGCCGUCGGUUUUUGUUUUGAGAGUGUGUUUCUGGUGGAGGAGUUGUAGGGAGAACCCCGGCAUUAUUGCUGCAACGGGAACUAGUCUGGGGUGUUUAAUUCAAACUAUGGGGCUUUCAUCCAAGAA